CCUUUAUCAUCUAAUAAUGGUCCCAUUAGGUCUCGUAAAAAUCGGAUUCACUCAAGAAGACCUUACGAAAGAAUUGGUACUGUAGCUAGUACCACAAAUUCAAACAAUAUUUGGCUUUCUGAAGUUACUUCACCUGUAUCAUCAAAGAUAUCAUCAACGUUCGGUUUAAAUCAGGGUAAUAAUAAAAUCAAUCCUUUUUGGUAUAAAAAUUUUGCUCAAUUGCGAGAUCAAAAUCCAAAAUCGAAUUCAUCACUUUUGGAAUCUAUCAGCAGUAGUCUUAUCAAAUCAACUCAUUUGACAUCAUCAACAAGUCAAAUUAACAAAAAAAUCUCAAUACCAACACUUGAUUUUAAUAAAACACAAGAGCCAAAAUUGUCUACUACAACUAUGCCAUCCAAUGAAGCUUCAACAACAGCAUCUGAUGAAAAAUCUAAAUCAUCAAAUACACCAUUAUUAAAUUCUCUUCCAUUUUUUACCACAACUACUGAUUACAUCAAAUCUAAAGUUGUUGGUUCAAAUCCUGAUUCAAUGGAUAUUGACAUGGGUUCUGCCACAACCAUUACUUCUCACACUACUACUGUUACUGAUCCUGCUGUUGCUUCUUCCAUCACUACACCUUCUGUCACUAAUCAAAAAAUAAAUACAGCUAUAACACAUACAACAAAGCCAUGGGCUUCUUUGCCAAAUUUAUCUAGUAAUCCAUCAACACCACAAACAACACCACAAACUUUUGGAAAUAAUUCAUUGUUUGGUCAUCAAUCAAUUCGAAAACGUCCUGGAGAUUUUUUUCCUCAAAAUACUCGAAAUAUAUUAAUUAAUCCUAAAACUGAUUUUGUUCGAAAAAAUCCUAAUGAAUCAUCAAUGCAAUUUGGUAGUAAUGGUUUUGAUAGUGGUAAUAGCUUUGGUGGUGUUAGUGGUAAUGGCAGUGGUGCUUCAUUUAACUUCAGUGUAAAUGUUCCUAGAACAUCACCACCAGGAGGACUUGCCAAUAAUACAAUCUUUACACCACUACCAAUUUUCAAUUUUUAUGAUGGUGGUAGUGGUAAUAGUGGUGGUAGCUCUGCAGCUAGACCAGUUCAAAAUAGGCCAUAUGCUAGACCAGUUA